AUGGGCCAGCUGAUUAGUUCUGUUGGCUGUUUUGUCAAGAAAAAUUCAAAUACUAAUGAAACUGACCCCGACGACAAAUGGUCUAAUUUACAUCGAGAACGGGAGAAAAAUCAUUUGUAUAAAAUAGUCGGAACCAGAACGGGUGGAGAACUUAUUGAAGUAUACGAAAAAGAGGGCAAAGAAGGGGUCCUUAGAUUUGCUGCAGAGCGCUUGGUUCCAGCGAUGUACAAUGAUGGUGAAAAACCUCAGGAGCUUACUUUUGCCGAAUUCAUUAAGUGGAAGAACGCAAACGCACGUGAUCUGGGUUUACCAGAAGACCCAGGUCUUCAAGCGGAAUGGGAAAAGAAAUUUGUUGCUCAUCCAGUACAGUAUAGGCUGAACAAGCGUGGAAUUCAAGGCGAAACAGUAAUUCAUCUAUUGUUGUCGCGAGGAGAACCGGUUUGUAUCGAAAUUGCACGGAUACUGCUCAAGCGUUAUCCAGGCUUGGCGCUGGAUUUUUAUGAGGGAACAGAAAUGUUUGGUCAAAGUGCUCUUCAUCUCGCCAUCGUUCAUGAUGAAGGGGACAUUGUUCAGCUGCUGCUUGAAUGCGGUGCAAAUGUUAAUGCUCGGGCAUGUGGAGAAUUUUUCCUUCCUGAGGAUCAAAAAAAUGGCAUACGAUCAACAUCGAAUUAUCAAGGUUAUGCCUACUACGGCGAAUAUCCGUUAGCUUUCGCGGCAUGUUUCGGUAACAAAGAUAUAUAUGAUCUUCUAAUUCAAUACGGGGGUGAUCCCAACAUGCAGGAUAUGUUCGGGAAUACAAUUCUUCAUAUGUGUGUUAUCAAAUACAGCAAUUCAAUGUAUAGUUAUGCAGUAAGGCAUUGGAGAAAGCCUGCUCAUCAAAAUGUAACUAAUUACGCAGGAAUGACGCCAUUAACUUUAGCGACCAAACUUGGCCGAAAGGAUAUCUUUGAAGAGAUGCUUGAGCUAAUGAAAGUGGAAUUUUGGCGAUUUGGUGACGUCACCUGCAGUGCCUAUCCUCUAACUGCCUUAGAUACAAUUCGUUCAGACGGUUCUACCAACUACGAGUCUGCUUUGAUGACUGUUAUCAAUGGUACAACAGCUGAGCAUAUGGAUAUGAUAGGAAGUGAGGUUAUACAAAGGUUAAUUGCUGACAAGUGGAAAUCUUUUGCUAAGUGGAAAUUGUACCAACGACUCGGUCAUCUUCUUCUGCAUACGGUUUUUUUGUGUUUUGUUAUAUAUACUCGUCCAACUGAAGUGGAACGAAUUACAUUUCAAGUGAUGCACUGGGACGACCAUGUCCGAAUAGUAUUUGAAGUAUUUUUGAUCCUUAGUUGUAUUUAUUUUGUAUUUGUACAGCAGAUUGGUGAAGUGAAAACUCAAGGUUUCUAUCGCUACGUUCGUAAUUUGAAAACCGCUCCUGCAAAAGUUGUAUUUUUUGUUGCUUGUAUAUUAUUGCUGCUCUGUCUGCCCUGCAGGCUUCUCAGACUGAUUCGUAUCGAAGAAGCCCUACUUGUUUUCGCUUUACCUGGUUCUUGGAUAUUUUUUCUGUUUUUUGCAAGGGUUUUAAAGUCAACAGGUCCUUUUGUACAAAUGAUAUACAGUAUGAUUGCUGGUGAUAUGGUUCGCUUUGCUGUUAUUUCAGCGAUCUUCCUAACAAUAUUUUAUUUCUUGGGAAAAGAUAUGGCAGCGAAGCAGAAAUUGGAAGAAGAUAAUCCAGACGCUUGUAGUAUUACCGGCAAUUAUAUAUACACUUAUUCAUCAAUUUUUGAAACCUUUAUCACAUUGUUCAGAGCCAGCAUGUCUGGUUACGAUUAUGAAGAGUUUGGAUGCACCAACUACGAACCGUUUACAAAGAUAUCAUUUGUUCUAUAUAUGUUUAUUAUGCCUGUUAUGAUGAUCAACAUUUUGAUCGCUAUGAUGGGCAACACUUAUACAAAAGUUAUUGUGCAAGCGGAAAAAGCUUGGAAACAACAGUAUGCGCAAAUUGUAAUGGUCCUGGAGCGUUCGUUCAGGAAAGAAGAAUUAGCAGAAUAUCAACUAAAAUACAGUAUUCGUUUGCGUGAAGAAUUCGAGGGUGGUAUGGAAGUUCGCGGUCUGAUGGUGUAUAAGCAAACGAAAAAAACUCGAGCACAACAAAAAAUACAAGCGCUCUAUAAUUGGAAGAAGAUCGGACGGAAAGUAAAAACGAUUAUCGAAAACCAUGGGGUUGAUAAAGCUCUCUACUUCCUUCACUCGAACGACAGAUAUUUUGAAGAUGGCAGUGUAAUGCUAAAAACAAGCGAAAGCAGACCAGUAACUAGAGGACCAAAUGUAAGUACUACAAAACGCGUAUGA